AUGGCUGGGCUCGGCGCUGCCGCCGCCCUCGAGGCCGGGAGGUUCCAGCCUCUCGCUGCCCCUCUCCGCCCCGUACGCUCCGGCAAAUUCAUAGUGCCAAAGCGAUGCUUCACUGUGUCAAGUAGGCUCACAUGGGUGGAAGAUGAGCUUAUGGAGAUAAGAAAGUCACAAGAGCAAAGUUCAGUAAAAUCAAAGAAAAGGCCACCUUUGAGGCGUGGAAAGGUCUCCCCACAACUUCCUGUACCAGGGCACAUUCCAAGACCAUCUUAUGUUGGUUCAAAAGGAUUGCCAGAACUAUGCAAGGGCCAAUUACAUGAUGCUCAAGGGAUUACUGGAAUGAGAGCUGCUUGCAAACUUGCUGCCCGUGUUCUUGACUUUGCUGGGACUUUAGUUAAGCCAUCCAUUACUACAAAUGAAAUUGACACAGCAGUUCAUAAUAUGAUCAUUGAGGCUGGUGCUUAUCCUUCUCCACUUGGCUAUCGUGGAUUUCCUAAAAGUAUAUGUACAUCAGUAAAUGAGUGUGUCUGUCACGGGAUACCUGAUUCAACUCAGCUGCAGAAUGGGGAUAUUAUAAAUAUUGAUGUAAAUGUGUUCCUGAAUGGAUACCAUGGGGGUACCUCCAGAACAUUUGCAUGUGGACAGGUGGAUGAUUCUAUCAAGCAUUUUCUCAAUGCAGCUGAAGAAUGCUUGGAGAAAGGCAUUUCUGUCUGCAGGGAUGGUGUGAACUACAGAAAGAUUGGCAAGAAAAUAAGCAAGCUUGCCUAUUUUUAUGGCUACUAUGUGGUGGAACGCUUUGUUGGGCAUGGGAUUGGAACUAUGUAUCAUUCUGAGCCACUUAUCCUACAUCAUGCCAACGAAAACUCAGGGCGUAUGGUUGAGGGCCAAACAUUUACAAUUGAACCUAUACUUACAAUGGAGAAAACAGAGUGUGUUACAUGGGAAGAUGGAUGGACGACUGUCACUGCUGAUGGUAGCUGGGCAGCUCAGUUUGAGCAUACCAUACUGGUCACUAGGAAUGGUGCAGAAAUAUUGACGAAAGUUUGA